AUGAAGUUACUCCUUUUAUUGAUUUCACUUGCAAUAGCAGAAUACCCAUUUAGGUUUAAACCUAUUGCUCCUGAAGAGCAUUUAACAGAUUUCAAGUCUCAACCUUUGCAACUUCAAGAUGCUAUUUCGCAAAAUAUAAAGGAAAUGAAUACAGCAUCUGAACUAGCAUUAAAGCGAGAAAUUAUUUUAAAAGAGAGAGAAGAAAAACUCAAGAGUUACGAAAGCGAAAUCAAAGAAGAGUUUGAGGAGGCAAGGCUUAAAUUGCAAAAGGAAAAUGAGGAACUUUUCAGAGAAAAAAUAUUAUUUGAAGUAAAUCUUACAUAGAAUGAACAAGCUAAGUUUCAAUAUGAAGUGCAAAGAGAAAAAGCAGAACUAAGUGCAUCCAAACAGAGCAUUCAAAAAGAGCAAGAAGAAAUCCUACAGGAGAAAAAGGAACUUCAAGCCAAAAUCAGCGAGAUUAAUAAUAAAGAGUCAGCAAUAGCACAAAUUCAGAUGAUGAUUAAAGAAAAAGAGGAAGCAAUUAGUACUAAAGAAAAUCUUCUUACUCCUUCUCCUUGUCUAUGCAAAACAAUUUUUUAUGUAAAUAUUUUGUAUAAAAAAUUAAUAUAUAUUAUUUUAAAGAGUUUUAUUCUAAAUUAGAUCCUCAUUGUGAACGAUUAUCAAAUUUCUUUUCUAAGAGAGCGGGCUAGAGAUGCCGAGAAAAGUCUAGCUGUGGAGCAGGGAAAAGUAUCACAGCAUCAAGUAUUUUUAAAAGAAAAGUUAGAGCAAAUAAAGAAAUAUGAAGAAGAAACUAAAGAAUUGAUAGUAGCAAAGCAGCUGGAAUUAGAGAAUCAAAGCAAAUCUAUAAAAGAACAGUGAGAGUGCAUGCUUGAUGAAAUAAGAAAAAAGCAUUCAUUCGAGCUAAGCCAAGAACAGUUGAAGGUGCUGAAAGAAACUGACUCUCCUAAAUAGUAUCCUAGAUUUUCUCUAUUAUUCAAAACUAUUUAUUUUUAUUUUAAUAUCAAAAAAGUAUAAAAAUUAUUUCUUAAAUAUUGCAAAAUUUAUGUCUAAAGAACUAUUUAUUUUUAUUGAUCAAUAAAUUAUAGCUUGAUGAACAUACGAAUUUUCUUUUAAAUAUUAUGGAGGGAGUGAGGAGAAAAUAAAAAAUGGAGUAGAAGAACUGGAAAAAACUAAAUCAGAGACCACUAAAUUUAUGCAGCACAUCGAUGAUCGCAAGUCCGAGCUUGAUCAAAUGAUUCUAGACUUUACAAUAAAUUAA